AUGAAGCUGAAGGACCUGAAAAUGAAGUACUAUAUCUUCCAGGCGAUCGACCAAAUUGUUCUUGACACCAUUCUAAAAAAGGAUACUGCCAAAGACAUAUGGGACGCCAUGAAGAAAAAAUUCGAAGGAAAUGCAAGGGUCAAGAGGUCUCAUCUUCAACCUCUUCGCAAAGAAUUUGAAACUCUUGAGAUGAGAUCCAGUGAAAGAGUGACAAAGUACUUCUCUAGGGUUAUGACAAUAGCCAACAAGAUGCGAAUUUAUGGAGAAGAUAUGCAGGAUGUUAAAGUGGUGGAGAAAAUUCUACGCUCUUUAACUAAGAAGUUCAACUAUGUUAAAUGUAAUGGUGAGGAACAAGCUUUGAAAGUGACAUCUGAAGGAGAAAGAGGUUGUGGUACCUACAGAAGAAGAGGGAGAAGGAGAGGAAGAAGUCAAGCAGACUUCAACAAGGCAAUUGUGGAGUGUUACCGAUGCCAUCAACUUGGACAUUUUCGGUAUGAAUGUCCUUCGGGGAACAAAGAAGCAAAUUAUGCAGAGCUUGAUGAGGAAGAAGGAAUGCUUUUGAUGUCUUAUGUGGAGUUGUAUAAGGCCAGAAGAGAAGAUGCAUGGUUUCUUGAUUCAGGGUGUUCUAAUCACAUGUGCGGUGAUUGA